AGCGCGGGGGGCGGCUGGUCGGCUACGCAGGCUCCCAGGCCCCGGGUCUUCUGCAAAGCCUCGGGACUAAGCCCUCUCACCCGUCCGCCCUUGGGUUUGUUUUCUCCUCAGACGUCGGCCAGGGCCGGGAGUUGGACCCCCACAUUCUCAGAGGCCCUUCGGGGAGCCGCCCCUACCUGGGGAGUAGCUCGAACUCACACGUCCCAUCCUAUUGCGACCCUGCGGAGCCGGAGGUGGGGCCUGACACAGUGGCUGCCAUGGAGCAGUGUGCGAGUGUGGAGAGAGAGGUGGACAAGGUCCUGCAGAAGUUCCUGACCUAUGGGCAGCACUGUGAGCAGAGCCUGGAGGAGCUGCUGCACUACGUGGGCCAGCUGCGGGCUGAGCUGGCCAGCGCAGCCCUCCAGGGGACCCCUCUCUCAGCCACCCUCUCCCUGGUGAUGUCUCAGUGCUGCCGGAAGAUAAAAGACACCGUGCAGAAACUGGCUUCAGACCACAAGGACAUUCACAGCAGUGUCUCCCGAGUGGGCAAAGCCAUUGACAGGAACUUUGACUCUGAGAUUUGCGGUGUAGUCUCCGACGCAGUGUGGGACUCUCGGGAGAAGCAGCAGCAGAUCCUGCAGAUGGCCAUCUUGGAGCACCUGUACCAGCAGGGCAUGCUCAGUGUUGCUGAGGAGCUGUGCCAGGAAUCAACACUGAAUGUGGAUUUGGAUUUCAAGCAGCCUUUCCUGGAGUUGAAUCGAAUCCUGGAAGCUCUGCAUGAACAAGACCUGGGGCCAGCAUUGGAAUGGGCCGUCUCACACAGGCAGCGCCUGCUCGAGCUCAACAGCUCCCUGGAGUUCAAGCUGCACCGACUGCACUUCAUCCGCCUCCUGGCAGGUGGCCCUGAGAAGCAGCUGGAGGCCCUCAGCUACGCCCGGCACUUCCAGCCCUUUGCUCGGCUUCACCAGCGGGAGAUCCAGGUGAUGAUGGGCAGUCUGGUAUACCUGCGGCUGGGCUUGGAGAAGUCACCCUACUGCCACCUCCUGGACAACAGCCAUUGGGCCGAGAUCUGUGAGACCUUUACGCGUGAUGCUUGUUCCCUGUUGGGCCUUUCUGUGGAGUCACCCCUCAGUGUCAGCUUUGCUUCUGGCUGUGUGGCGCUGCCAGUGCUGAUGAACAUUAAAGCUGUGAUCGAGCAGAGGCAGUGCACUGGGGUCUGGAGUCACAAGGAUGAGUUACCGAUUGAGAUCGAACUAGGUAUGAAGUGCUGGUACCACUCAGUGUUCGCGUGCCCCAUCCUCCGGCAGCAGACGUCGGAUUCCAACCCUCCCAUCAAGCUCAUUUGUGGCCAUGUCAUCUCCCGCGAUGCACUCAACAAACUCAUUAACGGAGGAAAGCUGAAGUGUCCCUACUGUCCCAUGGAGCAGAACCCAGCAGAUGGGAAACGCAUCAUAUUCUGAUUCCUGCCUGGGAGGAACUUUGCUGAGAGGUUUUUCACCCGUGAGCCUUGGUCUGUCUCUGUGGGGGUGGUUGGCUUCUGUGGACUGUGGUUCAUUUCAGAGCAACUGGCUGAGGAGUGCCACCACAGGCAGGGGCUGGAGUGGCCCUCUGGCAGAGGCCAAGGAGGGAGAUGAAGCAGCCUACAUCCGGCAGCUGGCUCCUUGGCUCUAAGGGCAGGGAGACUCUGGCCUCUGUACUCCUGCUCUGUCUCCCCUUCAUUAUAUUUGCUGUUGACUUAGUAGCAACUGACAGAGAAGCAGAGGACUUGGCGGGCACAGCAGAUGUCUUCCAUCCUGCCCUCAGCCAGGUCUCUUACUGCCACACCAAGGCUUGUGUCCACUCCUCCCACUGUACAGCCUCACAACUGUAUGCAUCAAUUUCCCACUGUAAAUAGUCUGGGAUAGAACUGAAUGCUGUUGUUUUAUAACUUUGAGCAAAUAUAUUCACAGGCUUUCUCCUUA